AUGGAAAUCGCAGCGUCCAAUUUAUACAAAGCAAAAUUAAUACGUGGAUUUUGUCAUUUAUACAUCGGAGAGGAAGCAGUAGCGGUAGGUAUGCAAUCCUCGUUGCGUACCGUAGACUCUGUAAUCACCUCGUAUCGGUGUCAUGGAUGGACUUACCUAAUGGGAGUAAGUGUGUUGGGUGUUUUAUCUGAGCUGGCUGGUCGCGAAACUGGAUGCUCCCGGGGCAAAGGAGGUUCAAUGCAUAUGUAUGCCGCUAAUUUCUAUGGUGGCAACGGUAUUGUUGGCGCACAGAUACCAUUAGGAGUUGGCUUUAGCUUUGCUCAUAAGUAUAAAUCUGAUGGUGGCGUAUCCUUUACUAUAUACGGUGAUGGUGCUGCUAAUCAAGGACAACUUUUUGAGAGUUACAAUACUGCAAAGCUUUGGAAUUUACCUUGUGUAUUUGUCUGUGAGAAUAACUUGUAUGGCCUGGGAACACAAAUUAAUCGAGCAUCGGCUAGCACGGAAUUCUACAAGCGUGGUGAUUUUAUUCCUGGUAUUUGGGUGAAUGGUAUGGACGUAUUAGCUACGAGAGAGGCUACACAAUUUGCUAUUGAUUAUUGUGAUAGUGGAAAAGGGCCCUUAAUAUUGGAAAUGGAGACGUAUCGGUACACUGGACACUCGAUGUCGGAUCCGGGAACAUCAUAUCGCACGCGUGAUGAGAUUCAAAAGGUGCGCAAUACUCGAGAUCCUAUCAAGAGCUUCAAAGAGAGGAUAAUCAAUGCUCAACUAGUUACACCUGAUCAACUUAAAGAAAUUGACUCUACAGUGCGAACUGUGGUUAAAGAAGAUCAAAAACAAGUGAAAACGAAGUCUGAAAUUGGUGUGGAAGAAAUAUCUGCAGACGUUUACAAAUUAUGUCUGGAACCUAAUAAUCAAAUUCGUGGAAUACAUCCCAAUGUUCCAUUAAAACAUAUUUCAAAACAUUCAUGA